AUGUCAUGGUUUGGGGGUGCAUCGGUGCCGAACAUAGAUGAGAAAAUUGCAGAGGCAACGGCUGAAUCCAUCGCCUUCGGUGAGAUCGAUUUGGCUGCCGCCUUGGAGGUAAGCGACUUGAUCCGUUCCAAAGCUGUGCCAGCGAGAGAUGCCAUGAGAGCUCUCAAGAAACGGUUUAUGACCAAUAAGAACCCCAAUACACAGAAGUCUGCCCUGAAACUGAUUGAUUUUUGUAUCAAGAACGGAGGCGAACAUUUUGUGGUUGAGGUAUCAUCCAAGGAAUUCUGCGAUCCACUGGCAGCUUAUCUCCACGAUCGCCAUAUUAACCCAGAGGUGAAAAGCCAAUUGCUGGAAUCCAUUCAAUCAUGGUCAGUCAUGUUCAGCACAAAUUCUAGGCUUAACUAUGUCACCUCUGUGUACAAGAAACUAACCGAUGAGGGCACUUUCGACUUCCCCGAGAUCAGUUCGGUGGCUGACCCUGCCUUCAUCGAGUCGAGGGUGGCACCGGAAUGGAUGGAAUCGGAUGCCUGUAUGCAAUGUUCCACCUUAUUCUCUUUUGUGAAUAGGCGGCACCAUUGUCGGUCAUGUGGUGGAGCUUUUUGUGGAACGCACUCGUCCAAGAGCUGCCAAUUGCCGGAAUUGGGUAUAACCAUUCCGGUUCGAGUUUGCGAUUCGUGUUAUGAAGAACAUAAGGAAAAGACGAAGUCUUCAAAAGGUCAUGCAAGGUCAGAUUCUACCAAAAAAGUCGGUCUCGCAGAUGACGACGAUGACCUCAGAAGGGCCAUCGAACUGUCUCUUCGAGAGGCAGGAAAUCCACAGGAGGCUCCCAGCGCUGUUGAGCCCGUGAAGUCUGUGGUGGAUGAUUAUGAGGAAGAUGAAGACAUGAAGGCGGCAAUAGCUGCUAGUUUGCAAGACAUGCGACUGGGAUCGGUCUCAGAGGCCGUGCCCGUAUCGUCAGUUCCCGCUCUUACUUCUGUCCAGCCCAAAGUCCCAGGCCUUUACGACAAUCUGUUGCCGCAAGCGUCUUCUUUUAUUCCCACGAACCAGGAUAGCUACCGCAGUCCUCUAUCGGUGACUCCCUCAGUGCCUUCUUCGGUUCUGCCCCAGCCGGCCUAUCAGCACACGCCGCUUUACCAGCCACCCCUCUCACAGGAAGACGUUGAGUACCAGGAGGCUGUUUCCGACGAUCUGUCUCAUACAGAAAAGGUCAACAUUUUACUGUUUUCGCAGCUGGUGAGUCGGAUGCACGAUUCUGGCAGUGCAACUGUUGACCCUUCGGUGGAGAAUCUGUCUAAUAGUGUUGCGGGAUUGAGACCCAAACUUUCCAAAGCCUUGGCUGACUCCGCUUCCAAGCAACAGAAAUUCUUAGAGAUGUAUGGGAAAUUGGAUGCGAUAAUGACUGCCUAUGAUCGUUUGUUGGAUAUCCGGCUACAGAAUGUUUACAGACGCAACGCACCGGCAUAUCCGAUCUCUGCUCAGACGGACGGUGUUUCAUCACCAGCUCUGCAUUAUCCACAACCACAAUACUCACAGCAAGCACAGUAUGCGAAGCCUCAACAGACUUACUCACAACCCCCGAUUCCCCAGCAAUUUUCGGGAUCGUCGCUGCCACAGCAAGUUGUUGAACAGAAUUACCCGGCUUAUCCAUUAGGUGCUCCCUCUCAGGGUUCCGUGGGAGCUCCUUCGGAUCCAUUUACAGUUUAUCAGCCACAUCCAGACUCUCACCCAUCGGUCUCUCCAUAUCAGCAGCAAUCCUCCCAGGACUACUCGCAGUAUCCACCUGCUCCGGAGGCGACGUCGCCGAUUAGUGAAAGGAAACAGUCGCUUCAGUAUCCCAGCAUUCCUCCAGAGGCUUCCAGUUAUCAGCCAACAGCAUAUCAAGAACCGCCUAAACCUGUUCACAAGGAGGAGGAGCUGUUGAUCGAAUUGUGA